AUGAUCGGCCUCAAGGGACGAAUGAACGUCAUCGACAACUCGGGCGCCGUUAUCGCCGAGUGCAUCAACGUCCUCAAGGUCAAGACGAGACAACAUGCCGACGGAAAGGCGACUGUCGGUGAGUGCACCUAUGCAUGGCUUCCCGAGUGCUCGAGGGCUUUCGAAUCCGAAUAUAUGGGUCUCAAGAGACGGUGUCCAUCGGAAGGAAGCGUCAAGCUGGUUCGCGGUUAUCUGGGACCGGCACCAGGCGGACUCAACGUCGAAAGGAGUGACGAGAUCGUCUGUGUCGUGAACAAAGCCAAGCCCAUCUCGAACAUCUCUGCCGCCUCGAACGUUCAGAAGGUGCGCCGCGGAGACGUCCGCCGCGCCGUCGUUGUCCGCACGAGGAAGGAGCUUCAGCGUCCCGACGGACGAAUUGUCCGCUUCGACGACAACGCCUGCGUUCUCCUGAACAACAAGGGCGAGAUGCUCGGCACACGUGUCACUGGUGUCGUUGCCGCCGAGCUCGCGAAGGCGACUGGCGCGGACGGAAACGGACGCUGGAGCAAGAUCCUCUCCCUGGCCCCUAAGGUCGUGUAA